AUGAUGCAAUUCAAACUAUUCCUUCAACAUUUAUGGAAAAGGAACUACACUUGGGAUCAAUCUAUAAGUGAAGAAGAUGAAAAAACUUGGAAAUGUCUAAUAAAAGAAUGGUCAACAAACGUAAAGGAACUACCACGGUGUGUAAUACAUCCCUCAGAACAAAUGCAGUUCCAUGUUUUCACAGACACGUCAAGUCUGGCCUAUUCUGCAGCUAUAUAUGUGCGAAACUAUGGAAUUCAAGGUGUUAAAACAUCGCUUAUAUUCGCAAAAUCACGGAUCGCACCAAUUAAAGGUAUCACCAUACCCCGAUUGGAAUUAUUGGCAAUAAUCGUUGGAGUAAGAGCAGCCCAUUUUGUUAUAAAUCAACUGAAUCUAGAAAAGGUGCCAGUUACCCUAUGGUCUGACUCGAAAUGCGCAUUACAUUGGAUACAUAACUGUUCCCGACUACUGCCAAAAUUUAUACAGAAUCGAGUAGAAGAAAUAAGAAAGGCAAAGUUUCUAUUUCGUUAUAUUCCAAGUAAGUAUAAUCCAGUCGAUAUUGCAACAAAGGGACUUUCUUCAGCAAAACUUGGAAAUUAUGAAACAUGGUGGAACGGACCGUCAUGUAAAUGGUCAAGAUUAUUGAGAACUACUGCAUGGGCGUUGAAAUUCAUAAAUUCCAUAACAAAGGGGAAACUUUCAUGGUUACACUCCUUAUCGGAUUUACAAAUUAUGCCUAAUCUUCCAAAAACCCGAAUUGAACGUACUCGAACAUUCGAAAAUAUUGGACUGGACUAUCUUGGUCCUCUUUCUAUCAAAAAUGAAACUGGGAUUGUCAAAAGAUGGGUGGCUCUUUUUACAUGUUUUACGACAAGAGCAAUACAUUUAAAACUGCCAAUUUCAAAAACGUAUGUAAACUUCGAAGAUUACGUGAUAAUACGACCGAUUGAUUUCAUUUUACCUAAUGCGUCUCUAGUAUCUCAAAUUCCUUAUGACAAUGAUGAAGAAGAAUACCAUCUUCAUAGACUAAGUACCAAGGAAAAAUUUGUUAGGUAUUGGUCAAACACUCUCAAGACUUUAGACACAUUCUGGGAAAUAUGGAAAAGGGAGUAUUUAACUAGCCUCAGAGAGCGAAUUCAAAGAGAACACAAUUCCCCGAAAGGUGCAGAAGUAAGAAGACCUUAUGAAAACGAAAUCGUGUUGGUCAACGAACCAGAAAUUCCUCGUGGUAUGUGGAAAUUAGCGAGAAUAAAAGAAAUUAAAAGGGGAAGAAAUGGAGAGGCCAGGAACGCUAUAAUAGAAAUGCCACAUGGAAAACUGCUAAGUCGACCAAUAAACGUAUUGUACCCUCUAGAAAUCAACGACAAUUUGGAUAAUCAGCCACCUAUAUCUGAAGAAUCAAUACAAGAAGUUGGAUAA